CAUUUGUACAGAACAAAGGCACUAUUCUCUCUCUCUCUCUCUCUAACCUACCCAGCUAGAUCUGCCAAUGGAAGAUCUGAUCGCCCAGUUCAGCUUCCUCUCCAACCAUGCCCUGCAGGACAAGACCUUCGACCCCUCCACCAUCGAAGACCUUAUGAAGCUGUUCGAGAUCGAAGCCUACAAGUCAUGGGCUGCAGUGGAGCUGGAGCAGCAGCAAGAGGUGGAAGAAGCAGAGGCUUCAUUGCAGGAAGCUGAGGACUACAUGGACUCGGUGAUGGAGAGCGCCAUGGAUGAGUUCAGACGGUUCGAGGAGGAAAUGGAGAGCAUGUCGAAGCAUGAACUCGACAGCCUUGUCAAGACUGCUGAGAGUGCGAGAAAGAUGGGCAAGUUCAUGGAGAAUGCAGCCUCUCUUGCUUCCAAGAAGCAUAUUGAAGCUGCACUCAACUCUGCUACUGCUUCAAUGAAAUCCGCUUGGAAGGGAAUUUCGACUAACAAAGUUCACCCUUCUUAGUUAACUUGGCAAAAGAAACUAAUAAUUAAGGCCAUCAUGCUAUGCUAUGCUGAUUUACUUUGAUCAAUUGUAGUACCUAUAUAUGUUAUGUCAUAAUUUGUAAACUGGGUUUUGGCUGCUAAGAAUUGGCAUGCUGAAUCAAGCCCUUGAUUAAAGAUCA